GAGAGAGAGAGAGAAAGAGAAAGAAAGAGAGAGAGGAAAAAGCAAAAUCGUAAAGAAGAGCGAAACUUGACGGGUGCCGAAGUCAAGGUCAGCCCACCCCACGUCUCCCCGAGCCUAGGGUACGCGGGCUCGGCUUGGGGGUAGACAGUCAUUGAGAAUCUUCUCUUCUCCCGUCGCGGUCCCGGAGCGCAGGUACUUGGCGUAAGGAUCCACGAGGUUGAACGAGGAAACGAUAUCCCGCGGGAGAAGAAGGACAGGCAGCAACAAGGUAAAACGUUGUAACGACGACAACGAAAACGACGAACAGGAAGGAUCAAUCGAGAGAGGCGGAGGAGGUGGGGGAUCGUCGAACACGUAAAAGGAAGAGGACGGAGAGGAGAGGAGAGGAGACGGUAAAGAAGCCGAUGAGACGUCGGGAAAGGGAGAGAGAGAGAGAGAGCGAGCGAGCGAGCGAGACGGUCCGGGGAGGUUGAUCGAAACCGAAUCGAACGAGGAGAAAGCUAAAAGGUUUUCAUGCUCGCUCCCUUGUGCCACGCGCUGGCUCCUGCUUCAUCCAACGGGAUCGCGCGGGGUCCGCGGGUCUACGCGGCGUGCACCUGUCCUCGUUCACCCAGCGCACGCUCCGCCCCGACCAAUGGUGUCUCUCGGGGCCCGAUGACGUCAGCCCUGUGCACCAAGCACGGCAGGGCCCGAGUGGUGGGGGCAGGAUCGUCCACCACCAACGCAACGCCUCGGAGGCCGUGAGAGCCGAGAGCCGAGGGCCGAGAGCCGAGGGCCGAGAGCCGAGAGCCGAGAGCCCCACGGGGGCCAGCAGCCUGCUGCAGCCAGCGCCAGGCCGGCCGUUGGCCAGGUUUUGGUGGGGGCAGGAAGAGGGGCACCCUGGACCCGGCCAGGCCAGGCCAGGCCGAACGGACGACGCCAGGGGUACCCACCGAAACCCGUCACGCAUUUCCCACCACCGACUCGUCCGGAAAACGUGCGCCACGGAGCUUCCGGACCGCGCUCGCAAUAUCGGGUUCAGUCAAGUGAGUCAGGUCCGAUCGCGGUGACACCUCUCCGCGACUACUCGGCUCGGUGCGCUCGCGCUCGCGCUCUUUCUCUUUCUCUUUCUCCUCAGGACGAACCCCGGGGUCCGGGGUCCGGGUUCGACGAGAGGUUCCGAUCCGCCGCGUUUCCACGCGAGGCGCGAGGCACGAGGCGCGACGCGCGACGCGACGCGACGGUUCGCGGCCGCGACACGGAGAGAACGGAGACGCGCACGCACAGUGUCCUCCCGGUGGAAGGAGAAUAGGAACGUGCGACACUGCCGCGCGCGGAUGUGGAUACGGAUGCGGUUGCGGAUGCGGAUGCGGAUGCGAAUGUGGAUGCGGUCGCGGCUGCGGAUUCCCACCCCUUAGUUAAAUAUGUAGGAAAGCUGUCCGAUCGCAAGGAUUCGGUGUUCUCCCCGGUGUUUCCGCGCUGUGACACGCUUAUUACGAGGAGACCUCGAUAAAGCGUAAUCUGCUGUUGGUAUUUCAACGACUCUGAUAAGAUCGAGCGAGGAAUAGAGAGAGCGAGAGAGAGAGGGUCUCUCUGGUUCGGAGGUUGUUGUACUCCCAGUGCGGCGAACGUAUCGGUGCCGGUCGGUUCCGAACGAUAGGGAUCUGCCGGGUUGAUAGCUGUCUCGCGGGUGUCGAUCGACUACGACGCAGCUACGACGGUCCCAACGGUGAUAAGAGUGCGGUGCUGGGGGUGUGUGUGAUGCCCUGGUUAUGGUUAAGCGUGAGUGAGGUCAGUGGCAAGCGGAGGAGGAGAACUGGCGGAGGAGGCAACUCUUCGUCGUCGUCGUCGUCGUCAUCGUGGUCUUCGUCUUCGACUUCAACUUCGUCGUCGUCGUCGUCGUUCCUCGGGCGAGCAACGUGGAGAAGGAGGACCGCAGGCGGCGGUGGUGGUGGUGGUGAAUACUCGGUGGUACCGUCGGCGUCGACGGCCGCAGCAACGUGCACGAGGAUCGCCGCGCAGUGACCAGGCGGCCGGGGUUCUACCCUUUGCCAGAGCCACGCGAUUAUGGUGCAGCAUCAUCGUCGCCGCGGCCAUCAGGCGAGCCACCACUGCGUCCUCAGGAGACGAGGCACCGCACCUUCGCUGCUCCAGGUGUUGCUGCUGAUACUCGGCCUCUGGCUGCCGGUGCUGGACAACGGCGGCGGCCUGGUGUUGGCUUGCGGCCCGGGCAGGGGUGGCGGCCGAAGACCGCCCCUCAGGAAGCUGACACCCUUGGUGUUCAAGCAGCAUGUGCCGAACGUCAGCGAGAACACGCUCCCGGCCAGCGGGCUCAGCGAGGGCCGCGUGUCCAGGCACGACUCCAGGUUCCGGGACCUGGUCCCCAACUACAACACCGACAUCAUCUUCAAGGACGAGGAGGGCACCGGCGCGGAUCGCCUCAUGACACAGAGGUGCAAAGAGAAGUUGAAUACCCUCGCAAUCUCGGUAAUGAACCAGUGGCCAGGGGUGAAGCUAAGGGUGACGGAAGGCUGGGACGAGGAAGGGAAGCACGCCACGGACUCGUUGCAUUACGAGGGACGCGCCGUCGACGUGACAACGAGCGAUCGGGAUCGCUCUAAAUACGGCAUGCUGGCCAGACUCGCCGUCGAAGCUGGUUUCGAUUGGGUUUAUUACGAGUCCAGGUCGCAUAUCCACUGCUCCGUCAAAUCUGAGUCCUCGUCGACGGCGAAGUCCGGUGGCUGCUUUCCAGGUAGGAGCCUCGUGCGGACGGAGGCCGGGAUGUCGAAGAGGCUGGACCAGGUGCGUCUGGGUGAUCGCAUCGCCGCCCUGGAUUCUCGCGGCGACAUCGUCUACAGCGAGGUGAUAGCGUUCUUGGACCGGUCGCUGACGGAGACGAGGCAGUUCGUGCGGCUGAGCACGGAGUCGGGUCACGUGUUGACCUUGACAUCGGCGCACUUGGUGCCGGUGGAGGGCGGGUCGUCGAUGUUCGCCGGAAGGGUGCAGCCGGGCGACAAGAUCCUGGUGAGGGACCCGACGGACCGCGAGAAGCCGAAGCGAGAGGAGGCAGACGAAGAGGAGGCGGCGGAGGAGGAGGAGGAGGAGGAGGAGAAAGCGAAGACGGUGGAGAACGAGAAGGAGAACGGGGUGGAGCACCGUCUGCGAUGGGACAAGGUGGUGGAGAGCCGGCUGGUCCUCGAGAAGGGCGUCUAUGCUCCGUUGACGACGGAAGGCACGCUCGUGGUGGACGACGUGGUGGCGUCCUGCUACGCGAUCAUCGACAACCAGGACUACGCGCAGCUCGCGUUCCUUCCGUACCGGGUCUGGAGCAGCGUGAAGUCCUUUUUCGCGAGGAGGCUGACGGUCGAGGACACGAGGCAGCCCGACGUCAGGCAAGAGGACGCCAGGACCGCGCAGGAGGGCAUCCACUGGUACGCGUCCUUCCUCUACUGGGUGUCCUCCUACGUCACGCCCACGAGGAUGAUCUAUCAUCAAUGAAGAGAGCCUCCUCGACUAGGACUCAUAGCUCUUGAUCGAACGGGCCGUGAAACGCGUCCGGGAAAGCGUUGGACUCGUUGCGGAUGCGGAAGCCCCGGAGCGAGGAUUCGAAACGGAGGAGCGAACGCGACCACCGAAUCGCUCGAUUCCUCCUGCUCUGCGAGCGAUUUCGAAUCGAACCUCUGCGACUCGAUCCGGCGGAAGGGCGGAAGGGCGGAAGGGGAGCUUGCCAACGCCGGCCUUGAACGGCCAACCGACUUUGCGCCGACUAUAGUCGAAUAUACUCUAUCUAGUUUCUCUCUCUCUCUCUCUCUCUCUUCCUUUCUUUCUCUCCCUGCGCCCUUUUCCGGAGAACGUACUCGACCACGUGGACAAUCGUUGACGAAACGAACGUUGAAGAGACCACGAAGUUUGUUGGCCAGUGACACACCGUUCACCGAGUGACGUGUAGUAUAUUAGAUAUGUAGGACGAACGAAGUGAAACGAAGCUUUAGCGAGAAUCGAAGCUUUUGAUACCGUAGCUUAGCGUGUGUACAAUACGAGUAUAUAAUAUAAAUGUCUUCUCCCUCCUUGUUCCCUGGCGAACGGCCGUGAACCGCGCGCACCGUGACCGCGACUCGACUGUGACCGUAACCGUGACUGUGACACGACGGGAUCCGGUUGACAUCGGAACUAAUUCGACCAAUUAAUGGGCGUCCAUUUUACGGCGGCAUUCGCCGGGCCGUUGCGAUCCGGGACUCGCGUCUUUUUACUGUACAGCCUUUAUUUAACGAGAAACGUCGUCGCUUUAAUUGGAAACACGGUGUCCGCGAUUCUCGACGCGGCGUGUAAAAUAGCUGCGAAACAUAGAUUUUCCCAUUUUUUCCACGUUUCGUCGAGCGUCGCACCGUGAUCGCUCGACGACGGACGCUUGGGAAAUAUUUAACGAGCGCCGGCGAUUUUGUUCCGUACC